GCCAUACCAGUACCGCAGGAGGAGGUUUCCUCAGCAGAUGAAGCUCAAGCAGCCAAGCGUCGCUGCCUGCCGACAGGCUCAGCCACGCUUGCUGAAACCCCCAUGGAGACAACCAAUACUCCCGCCUGCCCCCUAACUACAGCCCCGGUAGCAGUACCAGCAGCAGAACAUCACAGUAUUAGUACACUGCCGACCUCACAACCCCUAUCCCAGCCCACCACUGUUCCACAUGUUGCCCCUGCCUCAACCAGUGGCAUUCAGAUAGAGGCUGAGAGCCCAAUGGACACGAGUGUCGCCCUUUCUGAUGCUCUCACAGAGUCAACCCUGGCCUCAGACCCCAUGCCUACUCCGCAGACCCCUUUUACAGUUGACGUUUCCUACAUGGAGACCCUCCUCAAUUCACAUUUCCCUCAGGACAGCGGUCCCACUGAACCCCUGUAUUAAAAACCUACUCCACUAUAUCAUUACUCGGCCAGUGGAGGCUGAGCCAAUAGGAAGUAAGCUAAUGGAGGUGAGUGCUGUAUUAAUGGACAAAAACAUUUCCUCCACCGGCUCUGAGAGCUCAUUGCGGAGCAGGAAAAGACACAAGCACUCUUUUAAUGCAUGUUACUUUUCUAUUUUUGAGUUAAUGUAUUUGCAGUGGUGCUUUAGCUUGCUCUGAAGCAGCAGCUAAGGAAGGCUUUUUUAUUUUUAACAUAAUUAUUUGUUUGUUUUUAGGACCUUUUGGGGGUUUUCUGUUUUUUGGUCAGGUGCUGUGCUUUCCUCCUCCAUCUUAAUAUGAACACAUCUCUGGGUGGUAUCAACUCCAUACCUCGUUGCAUUAAUUAAACAACACCACACUCCCAUUUUCUUUUGUACAGGAAGCUAAUUAUUAUGAUGGUCUCUCUUCAUUGAGGCCCUGGAUGGACUUCACCUCUUUUUUCUUUUUUAAUUCAAGUAACCAGCAACAAAAUAUCUAUUUUUCAAUCCAGCCACCUGAGGCUUUGAAACUGUUUGGUGGAACUUAAGUGUCACAUUGUCCAUCUACAGGAUAUUUUCAGUAAGGUGUUUUAUUGUUGAACUGCAAGAGGUAAACGGGGCAAAUGGGUUUAAAAAUAAUGUAUUGUAGGGGGAACUCAGUAUUUAAAUGUUAGUCAUAUAUUGAAAGAAUUAUUUGUAAUAGAAGAAACAUGUUGAAUGCAAACACUAGUAGAUUUGUCAGCGGGAUGCAUUGAAUUUUUCGUGAAGAUGUGUCACAGUAGUUAAGAGAUGAGACCUUUGUGUAUUGUCAUAAUCCUUCAAACUGUCAUUUGGCAGCUCCACUUUUCACACCCAAAAACUGUCUCAGGGUUCCUACAUGUGUAAAACAAAUUUCUUUUAAACAUCAUAGUCUUCACACAGUUAAGGAAGUACUGAAAAGCCAGGAAAAUAUUCCAGAUUCAUAAUUGGCAAUUAAAUAACUAUAUUGUCAUUUUUACUCGUGAACAAUUUGUCCACUAUGAUGAAUAAUAUAUGUUUACUGUCACCAUUCUCCUAUUAUCACGUGGACUGACCAAAACUAUGAUGUCAGUCUAAAGGAUGGAAGUCUUGAAAAUGAUACUUGGGAAAAGUAAAAUAUGUAUGUGUAGGAACCCUUAAAUCUGGAAAUAGUUUGUACCAUUCUUGGUUUAAAUUCUACGUAUGUGUAAGUCAAUAUUGUAUAUUAUUAAUGUCUGUUUUUCUAUUACUGUAUCCUUCCUAUGUUCAUUUUCAAUUGACUUCACAAACUUUGCUGAUCUUAAUUAUUAAUAUGUUUAUUUCUGACAGAUUUUUACAGGCACAUUACUCAGUUUGUACUGGUAAGUACAUCUUUCUUCCCAGACAUGUUAAUUUUGUGCUUUAGAGGUGCUACAGAGACAUUGAACUACUGAUGGACUGAGUUUCCAAACACUGUCACCUUGUACAUACCGCAAGCCUUGUGUAUUGUGCAUCAAAUUUGUAAAUGUCCAACAUAUACCGUUCUUUUCCUUUUUUUUCUGUCAACACAACUGAAAUGUUGGGACACAAAUGUGUUCCUGUAUCCAAAUUAUAUCCAUCAAGAAAAUCUUAUUUCAUAGGGAUUAAAGUGGGUCACUAGUCGCUAGCUCUUCUGUGUUAUGUGUUCAAUGGCCUACAGAUUUAAAAAAAAAAAAAAGAAAAGAAAAAAGUUUUGACUGAUUAUGUAAAAGGUGCUUUAGUGUCUAGUAAUUUCAUUUUAAGAAAGCACAUAUUACGAAGUUAAAACUGUAGUAGUAUGGUAUGCUGCAAAAAAAUCCAUAUUAUGCCAUUAAAUUCAUUAAAAAAGCA